AUGGGGAACGCACAGAAGAAGCCCCCGGGGUCAGGAGAAGGGGGGGGUCCACAUUUUGAGCAUGGAGGUUCAGGUCGAAGGAGGAGUAAAGGGGGGAGCAGUGGGAGUACCAAAGGCACUCAGGAGUCUCAGAGAAAGAGCCCGGUACUGAAUGGCACCCACAGCAGUGGGAAUCAGGCAGCAGAGCAAAGCCAAAGCGCUACUCCUGCUGGGACAGGGGCAGAAAACUGCAAUCUGGACGCCCCCGCGGGGGCCCUCCCCCCUCCUCUCGCCCGGCUCAAAAACGAGGGCAACCACCUCUUCAAGAACGGACAGUUUGCUGACGCACUGGAGAAAUACACACAGGCGAUCGAUGGUUGUGCAGAAGCAGGUGUCGACAGCCCUGAGGACUUGUGUAUCCUGUAUUCCAACAGAGCGGCUUGCUAUCUGAAGGAUGGAAACAGCGCAGACUGUAUUGAAGACUGUAGCAGAGCCCUGGAGCUCCGCCCCUUCUCCCUUAAGCCACUGCUACGACGAGCCAUGGCCUACGAAUCGCUGGAGCGCUACAGGAAGGCUUACGUCGAUUACAAGACAGUGCUGCAGAUUGACACGGGAGUGCAGGCAGCCCACGACAGCGUCCAUAGGAUCACUAAGCUGCUGAUUGAGCAGGAUGGGCCUGACUGGAGGGAGAAAUUGCCGGAGAUCCCUUUGGUUCCCCUGUCUGCACAACAGCAUCACAGACCACAGCAGCCCAGCGCCGAGGUCCUCCAGGCUCGUGCUGCCAGGGCUGCAGAAGAGGAAGCCAGAAAAGCAGAGGCUCGCUUUACAUCCUUAAAACAGGAGGGAAAUGAUCUAGUAAAGAAAGGCCAGUUCCAGGAGGCCGCAGAAAAGUACAGUGAAUGCCUUCAGAUCAAACCAAGCGAGUGUGCCCUCUAUACUAACAGAGCCCUGUGCUACAUAAGACUCAGUUGCUUUGAGGAGGCCAAGCAAGACUGUAACUCCGCCCUCGAGAUAGAGCCGGCCAAUAAGAAAGCAUUCUACAGACGAGCCCUGGCUCACAAAGGCUUGAAGGAUUACCUCGCCUCCAGUGCUGAUCUGCAGGAGGUGCUGCAGCUGGAUCCAAACGUUCAUGAGGCAGAACAGGAGUUGGAGGAGGUGACCGCACUGCUCAGGGAGAGUCUGAUGGCGGGAAACGGUUGA